AUGUGCGGUUUCAGCGCAGCGAUACCGGAUCGAGGCGAUGACCGAUUGUACAUCGGUGCCCCCGGUGCAUAUUAUUGGCAGGGAACGAUAUUUGCUCAAAGUGUUCGCAAUAAACUAGACAGGCCGAACACACAUGAUGGGCCAGCGCAUCAUGACAAUUACAAUCUUGGAUAUUCAAUAGCAGUAGGUGAUUUUGAUGGUGAUGGUUUGGAUGACGUUGUUGCUGGAGUACCACGUGGCAAUGAUCUUGUUGGAGCUGUAAGUGUUUAUAUCUUGGAGCUGUUGGAGUUUUUUUUUUUUUUAUAA